GCGGUCUGAUAGAGUUGACAGGUGGAUAGUGGAGCAAGUAGGAGCGACAAGACAAGCUGACGGUUAAGUUUAAAGCCAUAAAAAGAGAAAUCAUGACUGUCUGUAAGUAUUUCAUGCAAGGACGUUGUCAAUAUGGUGUUAAAUGCUGGAACGAGCACCCGGUUGGAGGAGGAGGAAGAGGCUAUAACCGCUCUACCUCUCAACAGCACUCCAGAGGAGAUACAGCUUCACCUGUUGGGACGUACACACAGCGUGGAAAUCAAAUGAAGGCCCACCCUAGCAGGCCAGUUGCCACGCUAAUGUGGGGAACGCCAAGGCUCGCUGUUCGCUCGCUCUGUCCACUGCCGUCAUGUUAUUCUCAUGAGCAAAUUGCAAAACACCUUGGCCUCACGGGCGUCUCUGACGGGCUUUUUACACUUUUCAGACCUCUCACCAAAAAGGAGGACAUAGCCAGCAAGUGUCCUCCUGUUGUUUCGACAGUGGGCAUUAACCGCGGAGACGAUGAACGGGGUGGAAGAGGAGGAGAAGGAGACAGAGGACCAGCACCGGGUGAAGAAGAUGAAGAGCAAAAACUGGAGAUCAUUCAGACUCAGAGUGACAUGAUGGUUUGGGAGAGCUCAGGCCAGUCAAGCUUUUCAUGUUCUAGCGGCUCCAAGGCACCGUUUUCUGGGUUUGCAGACAUAUCUCCAGAAGAGCAGAGGUUUGAAUAUUACUCCACCGAGAGUUACCUCGAUCGCAUCAGCUGGCUGCUCAUUCAGUGGGGAGACCGAAUGAAUCAAUCUACUCGUGCAGCUUUGAUUGCAGAACUAAGAUAUCCAGCACCUCGGACCUCGUCAAGUGGCUUUGGGUCAGCACCUGCUGGAUGGGGGUCCUCUUCCCUUGAUGUUGGCAAUAAAGGGUUUGAGGCCGAACCACCAGCCCAAGCAACUAAUAUCAGUUUAGCUUCUCCAGCGAGUGGAUUAGGCUCUCCAGUGGCCCCAACAUCUCCUCCAGGUUUCAGCAGUGCCAUCCCAGCUGUGACACAACCGCCCUCUGGGUCUGACGCCACCCAGUCUACAAGUUCUGAUGCACCUCCGGGCUACCCUUCCCCCCGCUCGUCCGGCGAAAAACUUGCGUCUCCAUCUUCAGGGACAGGUUCCCCCUCCACAGGCGAGACCAACAAAGCGAUGGAGAAGUCCGGCGCACCUGCAGGAAAUUUGCCAGGACAGGUGCGUGCGGUGGAAACCUCAGGCGGUCUUUACUCCCUUGAGAGCGAGCUAACCCAGGAGGAGCUGGAUCAGUUCAAAGCACAAAGGUUCACAUUGGGUCUGAUUCCUCUGAAGCCGCCUUCUGCUGCAAUGCUUGCCAUUUAAUGCUUACAUUUAUUUAUUUAUUUUUCAUGAACAGUUUUUAUUCAUUCAAAUUGAUGCACAUAUAGAAAUAUUUAUAACAAACCCCUCACUCCCCACACUCCAAACAGUCCUUGGACAAAUUAAAUCAAUGCACAUAAAAUAAAAUAAAAAGUGAAUGAAAAAAACUAC